CCUAGGAAAMAUKUGUCAUAUAAAGAAAUAAACUAAAACUGAACAGAACACCAAAGACAUCGCACACCUUCCAGGCCUCAACAUGCUGUCUAUUUAAAUAAAAUGUUGAUUCAACAUUUUGACGGUGAUGGUAACAAAAGAGUAUUUAAAACAGUUCUAUUUAAUUUUUGAGUUUCUGUUCUUUCUACCGGAAGGCAAGUGCUUGCAUUAUUGAAAGGRAAAAAAAAAUCCCCAAAUUAUGUGCUUUGGUGAGAGAUUAUACUUAAACAGACUUCAGUUCAGGACAUCCAUAUUCUGUACCUGCUUACUCUUGCAGAGAUGUGGGUAAUGUCAAGAGUUCGUAAGUCGAGAGGUGGUGUGACCCCCGAACAAACCAAUCCAUCAUAGGGUCACACAGAAUAAAAAAAACUAUGCAACCCCACACACUCAUAGCAAAAGGAAAUUAAAAAUAACCAAUUCAUCUAAUAGUUUUGUUUUCAUAUUUUAAUUCAGAUCUGGUAAGUUCAGUUCAACAAAGAACAGCUAUUAAAUGCAACUGGAUUCAAUGCAUUCCAAUGAAAUUCAGUUUAGUUUGGUUUAUUUAUUUUUUUCAGUGCACCUCAGCUCGGCUAAUUUUGGUACAAAUUCUUGCAUUUUGACUUUAUUUUAUUCAGUUCAAKUCUAGAACAAUACAUUUUGACACAGUUUGUUUUAGUUAUACACAUUCAACUCAAUUCAUAUUCAUUCAAGUAAACUGUAAUUUGAUUUAGUCAAGUGCAGUUAAAUUGAAUUGUAUGAAGUUUAUUUCAACUAAACUCUGGUCAAUUUGUUGUAAUUUCACAUCACAAAAAAAAAAAACUUUCAAUGGGCUUUUAAAGGAGGAUAAAAAUCAGUUCUAGCUUUAACCAUCUAAAACAUUUCAAUACUCCUGUACAAUAACAUUGUAUCCAACACAAUCAGAAAAUGUCCAACUUUUGCAAUUGUAAUCUUGGUGAAAARCAGAAGGCAUUGUGUGACACAUAAGAAUUCAUUUAAGAUAUUUUUAAAUAUUUUUUUCCACUUAAAAAAAAGUACACACAGGCAGUUUCACUUUUACUUUAGGAUGGAUAUGAUUCAAAAGAACUUAUCUCAGACCAUAAAGAAAACAUAAUAGACCCCUUUAAAAGAAAAAUCACCAAGGUGAACACUAGAAAGUUAUAUUAAAUAAACAAAUUACCGUGAUAGACAAAGAUUAGGCUUUACUAUAUCACCUGCUGAACUUAGUGUUCCUCACUCCAGAUAUCAACUUAAACAAAUCUACCACAGGACUAUUUACACAGGCAUUUUGUGUCUCGUUUGAGAAAAAACUAAAGUACUCUCCAGCUCCUAAAUGAUGAGCAACAGCUGGACCAUGAGCAUAGCAGCCAUGUAAUCMAUCAGCUAAUAGUUUACAGUUCUGAUUUGCUGUUUCCAGUUCACUGGAAAGCGAUAAUUAUGACACUAAUGCUGAACUCUCUGUGGUGACUCAGAGUCUGCAAACCUGAUAGUUGAGGGGAAGUUGAGAUGGAAAGAACCUUUUAGGAGGGAAACUGUCAUUAUAAAACAGCAUGUUGCCUCAUCUUACUCUCCUGGUGCAAGAGGACAGGUAUUCCCCUGGAUGAAGGCGGUUGGUGUCGUUGGUGGACAGCCAAACUCCUCAGAGGUCUGAGGAAUGGGUCUUCUUCUGGUACGCCAGGUCUGUGGUUUCAUACGGAUGACAAUUUUACUUCAACUGUGACCAAUAAAUGUSUAUCUAAUACAGAAAUUAAACAUAGUUUGACAGGAAAAUGGRAAAUGGUGUACAAUACGUAAUAUUUYCUGGCGUUCUUGAAURGCGCACCUGUCAAAAUUUCAUCCCUUGAAUAGGACACGCCUCCUCCGGAGGGGUGAAUGUACGACCUCAGGCCUGGUCGRCUCCUCAUUGAAGUUYUCGUUUUCACUUGAAGCAGAUCAUGUCCAGAGUGGAGGUGUUCAGGGACRCAAACCUUCGCUCUCUGCUGCGCGAGCUGCGUACUGACAUAGCGAUGGCGGUGGAUGACCCCUUUCCUAUUGUGUAUGGCUUGGCAGACAAAAACAUAAUCACAGAACAACAGCUGCAGGAUACUCUAAAGAAGGAAGGGAGCGAGGGGAUUCACAAAGCCAUGUACUCCCUCCUUUCGUGGCUGCUUGAGCAGAGCAGAUCAACUCUCCAGGCUUUCUGGAACAAUCUAUCCAAGGACUACAACAUGGACAGCUACCCCAAGCUAAAGGCACUUCUYGCUAACCUGACUACCAGACGGGACGCUCCWCGGUCCAAAGCUGAAAACAGAUCUUCUGGAGGAGUAAAAGCUUCUCACAGCAAGAAGAGGAGCCAUGAGGACAAGGUUCAGCAUUCAGAGUAUCAUGCGAAGACAAGCGAUGGAACAGUGAGUAAAGUCAAGUUGUACAGAGUGAARAGUGAAGCGCGAGCACUGCAACUACCAUCUGGAAACAGUCUGCAGGUGGUAUCUUCCUCUGUUCAGAGAGGUGUGCCCCUUUCCUCUUCUUCAUCUUCCUCCUCUUCAGAUAUUCCAUUCAGCCAGGAUAAAAAAGAAAACAUGCAAAUCAAGCAGGAGCGUACUGCACUGGAUGGCUCCAUCAGAAAGUGCAUCAAAGGCGCUGAAGGUUUUCACUCGUACAGUUUAGCAGAGAAGUCCCACGAAAAGUCCAAAUCUGCGAGUGCCAGGUUUWUCCACCAGGGGGAGGCAAACACAAUAAUAAUACACUCUAAUGACGAUGAGUGCGCGAUGUGUAAGGAUGGAGGGGAACUGAUUUGCUGUGACGGCUGUCCUCGAGCCUUUCAUCUCGCCUGCCUCAACCCUCCACUCACUUCCAUACCGAGCGGCUCUUGGCAGUGUGAGUGGUGCUGUGGGCUUAGAGUGAAACAGGAAAAUGCUCUACAGCUUGUCCAGGUUCUCCCCACUCAGCCUCAGCAAACCAGCAUAAACACCACUAACUCCAUCUUGGACAACUCUUUCUACCCCACUUUGUCAUCCUCCCUCACGAGUGUCACGGCCUCUGUCAAAGCAUCGAAUGGCAAAAUCCAGUGCUCAGGUGGAGAGAUGGUCACCAUGAGGGAGACGUGUGGUGUUUGUCACCUUGGGGGAGAUCUGACUCACUGCCUUCAGUGUUUAAAGCAUUUUCAUGCACAUUGCCACUUUUCCAAGGGAAGAUCCGUCUGCUUGUCCUGUUCCAGACCAUGGGGCAGCUCUGCAGAGAAAGAAAUCGAGCCCAGAGGCAUGCAGCUUGCGCCUUCAGUCCAGAACUCAUUCAGUCAAGACCAGAGCACUUCCUUCUCCGAACCAGUCAUCAAUAAGGACGAACUGGACUCCAUCUUGGGAGAUCAGAACUCCAUUGACGGCCUGUUGCAGUGGGCCUUCCACAGCAUCUCCAGGCCUCUUCCAGACUCUCACGGAUGCUACAAGUGAAACACAAUUAUGUACUCAGGGAUAUAAAAACAGGAAUGAUAAAUUGACCCCCGGGUAAUUGAAUUCAAGCAGCAUAGUCACUCAUAAUAAGUCACAGUCUCUCUCCCACUUUAAUUUGGAAAUUAAUGUUUUAUGAUUGGCAGUUUAAUUUUAAAUUGUUUUAUCAUUUUUUCCCCCUCCCUCUUUCCUUUGUUUCUGUACUUGUGCCAGUAAUCUUUAAUUAUAUGACCUUUGAAAAAACUUUGAACUUUAACAAAUUUUUGUCAUCUUACCACAAACCUGGAUGCAUUUCAGAAGGAUUUGAUGUGAUUGAUUAUUGCAGAGUCGUGAAGUGGAAGGAAAAUAUUUGCAAAGUGUCUCAGAUCAGACACUCCAAUUGGAUGGAGAGGACCUUUGAAAAUACGUUUUCAAAAGUUUAACAGAGUCCCAGUUUGAUUUAUUUGUGGUUUUCGACUAAGCCAUUUAAACACAUUAAAGUGCUUUCAUCUAAAACGCUGUAUCUCUGGCUGCAUGUUUAAAGUUCUUGUGCUGCUGAAAGUUUAUGACCUUUUAUAACCCCCAAUUUCUGGGAUUGACCGGUAUGUAGUACCAUCUAUGUUCCCAUCUAAGCAUAGCCAGCUCUCCCUAUCCCUGCUGAAGAAAAUAAUUCUCAUGGUAUAAUAUUGCCAUUGAGGGAUGAUGCAGUUUCAGUUUUUCCUUACACACGGCAUUUUGCAAGGAUAAAAUAUUAAAGUUUGGUUUCAUCAAAUCUGAAGAUUGAGGCUUUGAUUGACAAGAUGUGACAAAAGAAAAAAAAAAAAUCAAGGUUUAUAAAAACUUCCUAUGCUGAAAUAUGUAUUUGUGGUUGUCAGAAAAUAUUUAUUUUUACUAAA